ACAACAUACACCCUGACCGAUGACCUAAGCUCCCAGAACUUCUUCCCGUCCUUCUCCCUCUUCUCCUCUCCAGACCCCACCAACGGCUUCGUCCAAUACCAAAACCUCUCCUCGGCAACCUCCCACUCCCUCCUCGGCUACCUCUCCCCCUAUAACACCAUCUACCUCGGCGUAGACCACACCACCAAAGACGCCUCCGGCCGCGCCUCUUUGCGCCUCGAGAGCACCAAAAGCUGGAACAAGGGACUCCUGGUCGCCGAUAUUCGGCAUAUGCCUGCGUCGCAAUGCGGGGCUUGGCCCGCGUUUUGGAUGCUCUCUGCAUCGAAGGAGUGGCCGGAGGGCGGGGAGAUUGAUAUUCUUGAGGGAGUGAAUGAGGCUGUGGGCAACGCGGUUACGCUGCAUACGUCUGCGGGAUGCGUGGUUGAUAAUAAGACUACUGCGGCUGGCGAGUUUACGGGGACCAUGGUGACGGGGAACUGCGAUGUCGAUGCCCCCGGCCAAGGGAAGAAUGCGGGAUGCUCGAUUCGCGCGCCGGAGAGCGGGGAUGGGGUGCAGAUGGGUGAGGCGCGGGCUCCAUCGUACGGGACGGGAUUCAACGAUGUGAAGGGUGGGGUGUAUGCUAUGGAGUGGACGGAAUCGAGCAUCUCGGUGUGGUUUUUUCCUCGCGAUUCGCAGCGGUAUACAGAGUAUUUCUCGCAGUCGAAUGCUGCGGCUGUUGCGUCGCCGGAUCCAUCGACCUGGGGUCCGCCGAUGGCGCGGUUCAGUGGCUCAGGGUGCGAUUUUAGUGAGCGUUUUGUGGAUAUGAAAAUUGUGUUCAACACGGCGUUUUGUGGUGAGUGGGCGGGGAAAGUGUGGGAUGAGGAGUGUGCAGAGAAGACAGGGGUGCAGACUUGUGAAGAAUAUGUCAGGGAGAAUCCGGACGUAUUUCGCGAGGCAUACUGGGAGGUUGGGGGGGUUACGCUGGUUUCAGAAAUU